AUGGACGUCGAAACGAGUGACGUCUUGACGCGCGUGGCAGCCAACGGCCUCAGCCUCCGCGACGACCCCUUUCUCCUUACGGCCGUCGUUCUGGUAGUCGUGCUCUCGGUCGUCGUGUUCACGCUCUCGCAGCAGCAGCAGCGAAGCGCCGUCGACGACUCGAAGCAGUGCAGGCGGACGCGCAGACUGAGCAACAUUGGCCUGUCUACGCUCGUGACUGAAGUGCCCUCGAACCUGUCGAUCCCCGUGUCGGUCCUGACUGUGGAAGGCCGUCUCCAGAAGCAGGACUUUGUCGAGCGACUGCGGCUGCGGCUAUUGCACGACCCGUUCUUUCUGCGCUGGCGCAGCGUCGUGCGGGGCGAGUUCCAGACGGGCGUGUUCAAGUUUGUGGAGCUGCUGGACUAUGACGUGGUGCAGAACAUCGUGGCGCACACGAUCCAGGAGGGAGAGGGCGAGACGACCAUGUCGUACAUUGAGUCGGUGCUCGUGAACACGCCGCUGGACUUUGACAAGCCGCUCUGGGAGAUGCACGUCAUUUAUGACCCUAUCAAUGAGCCGAAUGUCACGACUAUUGGCUGGAAAGUGCACCAUUGUCUCGGAGACGGGGCGUCGCUGGCGACAGCGAUGGCGAAGCUCAGCGACCAGAGUGCAGUGUUUGACGAGAUGCUACAGAAGCGCGAGCAGGCGCUGAAGGACACCAGACAUAAGAAACGUAGUCGACCGUGGUCCCAGACAUUGCAGGGCGUGGUGGUGUUUUCGAAGGUGUGUAUUUGGUCGCUGUAUGUGUUUUCGUUGCACAUGACUGCGCUCAUUGCGCGUCCAGAGCCAAGGACAGCGUUUAAACGGCUUGGUGGAAAACACAAACGGCUGUCGUACAAUAUGCUCUAUUCUGUCAGUACGACCAAGGCAGUGGGGAAGCAAUUCCGCGCUACAGUGAAUGACGUGAUGCUGAAUGUUGUGGCCGGCGCUAUGCGCAAGACUAUUUUGGCUAUGGGCGAGUCGGUCGCCCCAACGCUUAAAGUGCGUUGCGCGAUCCCGGUUGACAUGCGUUCUAGUACGGAGAUUAUCCGUCACACCAGCAAUCGCUUUUCGUCGCUUGUGAUUGACCUUCCGGUCGGUAUUGAAGACCCGGCCGAGCGCUUGCUUAAGAUCACAGCUGCAAUGAGCGGCGCCAAGAACUCGCUGGAAAAGUACUUUGUGUACUGGUCUAGCCAUCUCUUGUCGAUGUUGCCGGCACCGAUCAUGCGAUGGAUCGUACACUUUACAACGAGUCGUAUUUCGGUCGCUGUCACCAACGUGCGUGCCAGUGUGGAGGAAGUUAGUUUAUGCAACCGUCAGGUGACUGGAUUUUUCGGCUUCGUGCCACCGCCGCCGUAUGUAAACCUCGGUGUGGCCAUUUUGUCAAUGGGCGACAACCUCGGUCUCAACGUGCUAGUCGACGUCAGUGUCGGUAUCACAGGCGAGCAGUUCUUGGAUUACGCCAACGAAGAAUAUAAUGCGCUCAAGGAAUCGGUCAUUGCUGAAGAGGCGGAUGGUGGUAGCGAAUGCAAGAAGACCAAGUAA